AUGGCGACGUGGCGUUUCGCACGAGGUGGCCGAUGCAAACUUUAUCUGGGUAUGCUAGCAGUGGUAGUUCUCGGCCUCAUCGGCCUUUUCUCGUAUUCUCGAGCUGCUGAUACGGUAACUGUUACCAAGCAAGUUUACCUCGAAAUCAGUAUUGGAGGCACACCAGCUGGUCGCAUUGUUAUCGGACUUUUUGGCGAUGUUGUACCAAAAACCGCCGAGAACUUCCUACAGCUAGCUACUGGAGCUAAAGGUUAUGGCUACAAGGGCAGCAAAUUCCACCGUGUCAUUAAGGACUUCAUGAUCCAAGGAGGUGACUUCACUCGCGGUGAUGGAACCGGUGGCAAGUCCAUCUAUGGUGAACGUUUCAAGGAUGAGAACUUCGCUCUUCAACACUACGGACCUGGAUGGUUGUCAAUGGCCAAUGCUGGUCCAGACACCAAUGGAUCACAGUUCUUCAUCUGUACUGUCAAGACCCCGUGGCUCGAUGGACGUCACGUCGUCUUCGGAAAAGUUCUUGAAGGCAUGAGCGUCGUUCGCAAGAUCGAAAACACCAAAACUAACCCCGGAGAUCGCCCAGCUCAAGAUGUUGUCAUCACUGACAGCGGUGAGAUCACACUGGCCAAGCCAUUCGAAACCGAGAAAGCUCCGGCUCAAGAGUAGACAGAAGUCGUUAUUAGUCAACGAA